ACAAUAAAUCAGAAUUUAUUGCAACAACAACAUCAUCAAAUGCAACAACAAAAUUUGGCAAUGCAAUCACAACAAUCGCCACUUGCGAAUCCCGCCGGUGGUGGUAGCAUAAUUGCCAGUAGAUCAAACGUUAAUGAAACACCACCUGCAUGUAAUCAAAACGAAGAGUCACUCGAUCAAACUUCCAAAAUAUUAGCUGUUCCAACGCAACCUAUACCGGGCUAUAAUGAAACAUUUCUAUUAUGUACUUUGGUCGAUAACACCUAUAAACCUAUCGAUAAUGUGCCUCUUUACUUGGAUCAUGACCUCAAUCAAUUAGUUCCCGUGCCAUUGGAACUAUUAAAAGAGGAACCGCGACUCAUUGUCAAUCAUCCCAUACCGAGCGAUCCACCGCCACAGCAGACUUCAAUGCAAAGAACUGAGGUUCUCGAUAGUAAUGAACUAAGCACGCAAACGCUAAGCAAUUUGCAUUCAGCGACGGGCAAUAUUAUAGAAGAGACGCCAGCUUCUUCGUCAGUUGGGGAAUCAAUGAUUGUUUUGCCCCAACAACUGAUAGAAGAAACAAUUGUCGAAACUAAUAAUAUUGCAACUGAUCAGAUGACCAUUUUUGAGCCAAAUGAAGAAAGCAAUACAGAGCUGGUGCCUAACAAUGCACUUAUUUUAAAUAUUGAAGGUCAACAGUUUGUAUUAGAUGCAGCUAUUUUUGCUCAUCUGCUGGCGAAUCCAGACGCUAACACCCAAUUAAUAACUGAUGAGGGAACGGAACUUAUGCUAACACGCGAAGUUUUGGCAGCGCUACAAAUGCAACAUGAGACUCAGACAGCUGUAGAGAUGUCAGCUGUCGCCCAACAGCAACAAAUGACAGUCGAUGCUAGUUCGAACGAUAUACUGGCAGUGGCAUUGGCAGGCUCGGAGUUAUAUGGCAGUGAUGUCUUGGAAAUUGAUACCUCACAGGACUUACAAUUGAUUGGCAGUGACGGUUGUAUAGUUUUUCAACCGACCAACUCAACUCUUAGUCAAUCGCACUUAACACCACAAGUUAGUGAGACGAAUGCUUUAUUGGAUCAUCAACCUAUAAUGUCUACUUUAGAAUCACCUUCUUCAGUGAAAUCUGGCAAAAGUAAAACCUCACAAUUAACGGCAGGCGGUCUUACAUCUCUCUUAUCGACAUCCCUAUCGGCAAAUCAUACGCGCCCCAAUCUGGAGGAUAGUCUAGCAGCCAUUGGUGUAACAACGCAAUCAUCUACAGUCCCAUCAUCGCUGGAUUUGCCUAUAACGGUAACCAAUCCUAAUAUAGCACCAAAGACCCCGCCGCCAUAGUCGACUUAAGCAACAUGGACUUGGUGAACAUUUUGCAACCACCCACUUACUGAAGUUUCAAGCCUGGUUGUACAAAUAACAGUACACAUAAACGAUUUCACAGUAAAUCGUUAUUGAAUUGUGUGAAUGUGUGGGGGGGGAAAAUUUUUUAUCCCUAAAUACACAAACACACAACGGAAAUUUUGGUUUAGAUUUUAGCGUUAGUUACUGAAUAAAUAAUUAUAUGGUAAAUAUGAACUUUUUUACCUUAAGGAUGUACAUACAUAUAUAAUGUAAUUAUAUAUGAUGAUUCUAUCUCUAACACACACAGUUUUUCUUUAGAUCUAAUUACGUUAAUCGUUAACUUUUUUACCCGGUGUUGAAGGCCGGCAUAAUUUUUAAUAUUUUAUGUUCUUAUAUAUAUAUAUAUACAUGUAUAUAUAUAUAUAU